UUGCAUCCAAUUGACCCGUCGCCCAAGAAUCUCGAAUCGUCCGACAAGUAUUUUUUCGGCCUCAAUUACACUUUUUUCUGCACUUUCAAUCCCUAAACUUUAAAGCAGAAAUGGCAUACACACCAAGAGGAGGUGCUCGUGGCGGCGACCGUGGAGGACGUGGAGGUUUCGGCGGGGGAAGAGGUGGUGAUCGUGGUGGUCGCGGAGGCUUUGGAGGAAGAGGUGGUGGAAGAGGUGGUGGAGACCGUGGAGGACGUGGAGGCGGACGUGGUGGUGGAAGAGGAGCUCCCCGUGGAGGACGUGGUGCUCCAAGAGGCCGUGGAGGUGCUGGUGCCAGAGGAGGUGCCAAGACCAUUGUCGAGCCCCAUCGUCAUGAGGGAAUUUUCGUCGCUCGUGGCAAGGAAGAUAUGUUGGUCACCAAGAACCUUAGCCCAGGUGAAUCUGUAUACGGCGAGAAGCGCAUCAGUGUCGAGGGCGCCGGCCCAGCCAACGAAGAUGGUACUCCAAGCACCACUAAGACCGAAUACCGUGUCUGGAAUCCUUUCAGAAGUAAGAUUGCAGCAGGUGUUCUCGGUGGUAUGGAUGAGAUUUUCAUCAAGCCCGGUGCUAAGGUUCUUUACCUUGGUUCCGCUUCUGGAACUUCAGUUUCCCACGUUGCCGAUAUCGUUGGACCCACAGGAACUGUUUUCGCCGUCGAAUUCUCCCACAGAUCUGGCCGUGACCUUAUCAACAUGGCUACCCACCGCACAAACGUCAUCCCAAUCAUUGAGGACGCUCGUCACCCACUUAAGUACAGAAUGUUGGUCUCUAUGGUCGAUGUUAUCUUCGCCGAUGUUGCACAACCUGAUCAAGCCCGUAUUGUUGGAUUGAACGCACAUUUGUUCUUGAAGGUUGGUGGUGGUAUUUUAGUUUCCAUCAAGGCAUCUUGUAUCGACUCCACAGCCGCACCAGAAGCUGUUUUCGCUAGAGAAGUACAAAAAUUGAGAGAGGAGAGAAUUAAGCCUUUGGAGCAAUUGACUCUAGAACCUUUCGAGAGAGAUCAUUGUAUGGUUUCUGGACGUUACGUCCGAUCCUUGUAAACCCCAUCUAUUUCCUCAUCUCUUUACCACCAUACUACCCGCGCAUCAAGUCGCCCUUCAGCAUAAACUCAAUUGAAGUUUAUUUCUUCGAAGAAAUUCGAAUGACUCUGAAUACACGCUUCUUUGGCAUGCCUCAUCACAAAUUACUACGGAUUCUCUCAUGUUAGGUUAUGGAAGGUUGUCGUUUUUCUCGUUUUAGUACUUUUUUCUAUUAGGUGUACAUUCAGGUCCUGGCGUACAGGUCUUCAUUAUUCAUCGCAUUACUCAGUAGCUUGUUAGAGAAUGAGAAUGAGAGGAGAAAAUAAGAAAGUAAAAAUUGUCCAAGAAUUUUAGUCCAGUUUAUG